AAAAAACAGGAAGAAGAAGAAGAAGAAGAAGAAGAAGAAGGAAAAAUAGGAGGAAAGCAUUAGUGUAUCAGUGCAUGUUCAGUUAAUUAGGAUUUGAGAAUAAAGACACCGAGGAACAUGCUGAGGGCUUGUCUGAGAGGAGCAAAUGCCACAGCCCGGAAGAACUGUGGGAGAACCCCUCUAACCAAUCUGCAACACUUCCGGCACUACACAGCAGGAGAGACCAGUGGUACGGCUAAAGUGGUUGCUGCUGGCUUGGUGACAGUAGGUGGUGGCAUUGGAGGUACGAUACUUUACGCCAAAUGGGACAACAAGUUCAGAGCAGCCAUUGAGAACAAUGUCCCGUACUCCAACUGGCUGUUGGGUCUGGCUUUGGGACCCACUUCACAGGAUGGCGGCCUCCCAGUAAAAAAACAGAUGGAGAUGGCCCAGAUUCCCUCUUUGAUGGAAAAACAGGUGAAGUCAUCCAAAGCCAAGUCAGAGAAAAGGGUAAAGGAGGCCGCAGAGAGUCCUGCUAAAGAGACAAGUUCUGCCCCGACGCAGCCUGCACAGAGCAUAGAGGAGGCUUCAGCAGAGGUAACUCAUAUCAUCUCAGCCAUCAGUGAGGUCCCAACGGUCCCUGCUCCAUGUGACACAGAGGCAGCAGCAGUAAAAGAGGAGUGCCAUGACCAUCAGGGCAGCCCAGAGACGGUAGAAGUUCACCCUGACACUGAGUCACCUGCAGCAUCAGAGCCAAUGAGAGAGCGUCCAGUGGAAGAAGUGGCAGCUAGACUGGCUCAACAAGACCAGGAUGAGCAGGACAUAGUCUCAUCUGUAUCAGCCAGUCUUGAAGACUCACUUGCCAGCUCAGCUCAAGCGACCCUGCAGGCCAUUGGAGCUCAGGAGGCAGCCCUGCAGGCCAUCACACAGCACACUCUCAAACUGAAGGAAGCUAUGGAAGCAGAGGUUCCACCUCAGGAGAAGUCAGCCCAAUGGAAGGAUCUAGAAGCCACCCUUGCUGAUAGAACCUCUGCUAUGAAUGAUGCUGGAACUGCUCUACUCAAAGCCAAUGAAGCCUUGGACAGUCUCAAGUCAGUGAUUGGUAAGUCUAAAGGGCUGACGGUCACUGCUGUUCGCCCACUGGUUUUGUCAGCAGAGGAAAAUCUCCAUAAAAUGGUGGUGGACUUGGAUAAAGUGGUCACCAAGGUGCAGUCUGCAGAGUCAGAAGCCAAGAUUGUCUCCCAGUACAGUGAACUGGUUAAUGAAGCCAAACAACAGUUUCAAAGGGAAGUAAGCAGCCUUACUCCAGAGAUUCAGGCCAACUGGAAGGGACUUGCUGGGAAACUGUCAGCGGAUGAUCUGAAUGCCCUGAUCGCCCAUGCACACCGGCGCAUUGAUCAGCUGAACAGAGAGCUAGCUGGGCAGAGAGUCAGAGAGCAGAUCCACAUUGAUGCGGCACUGGAGCAGCAGAAGCUGGAGGACCAAAAAGCUCUGGAGAAAGCUGUUAACACCACCCUGCAGCAUGUCAAGGAGGACGCCCGACUGGAGCAGGAACGGAAGCUGUCUGAAUUAAGGGAGGUGAUGGAGGCAGAGAUGAGGACUCAGCUCCGGCGUCAGGCAGCUGCUCACACGGACCAUGUCCAAGAUGUUCUCAAAGUCCAGGAGCAUGAACUGAGAGCUGAAGCUGAGCAGGUCUUGAGCAGUAAGAUGCUGGAACAAGAGACCCGCUAUCGUCAGCUGAGCCAGGAACAGCUGGAUAACUUCACACUAGAUAUGAACACUGCCUAUGCAAGGCUGAAGGGGGUGGAGGAGGCCAUAGACAGUCACGUGGUAGCAGAGGAUGAGGCCCGUAAAGCUCACCAGCUCUGGCUCUCUGUGGAGGCUCUCAGCUACGCUCUGAAGACUCCUGAGGCUGAAUUGCCAACCAUGCCUCUAGAGGGCGCUGCUCAGGUUGUGCGAGACAGUUGCCACAACAAUGAGUUUGCCUUGGCUCUCGCAUCAGCACUUCCAGAAGAAUCCCUUCAUCGCGGCGUGUACAGUGAGUCUGCUCUUCGCACCCGCUUCAACUCCCUGCGAUCGCUGGCUCGGCGGGUCGCCCUCAUCGAUGAAUCUCAUAACUCCUUGUACCAGUAUUUCUUGUCCUACCUUCAGGCUGCACUCCUGUUUGAGGCUAAACAGGAAGUACCACCCACCCAGUUGAGUGGUGAGGACUUGGAUCCAUUCAAGCUUCUGUCAUAUGCUAGUCACUGCUUAGAGCAUGGGGAUCUGGAGUUGGCGGCUAAACUGGUGAACCAGCUGAGAGGAGAGGCGAGGAGAGUGGUGGAGGACUGGCUCACUGAGGCCAGACUCACACUGGAAACCAGGCAGGUAGUCAGUUUGCUCUCUGCUUAUGCAAAUGCUGUGGGGUUAGGAACCACCCAGGCUCCGUAGGCUGCCACUCUCACUGAAACUUUAAAAGAACAGUCCACUAAAAAUCUGUCUUUGGGGGAUCAAGUAGUAGCCCACUGUAGGCUUGAAAGAUUUUCAGUGGUGUAUUCCUUUUAAGUUAACGGAUGUUAAGAUUCAGCAGAGGGUUUGGAGCACUAAGCCACUGUGGAUGAUUCAUUGUAAAAUAUAAUUGAUACACACUUAGUCUAGUCUUGUCAAUUCAGGCCCACAGGUUUGGUCCAGGUAUUUCUUUCUGGAUUAUUGUUUUGUGCAUCAUGGAAAAUGAAACCUAACUUUGAUUAAAGAAAAUCCGAUACAAUAAAUCAUAAACAGCUUAUAUUUCAUGGAUACCUUUAACAACAUUAUAACGUCAGUGUAUCUACAGUGUGGUGGCAGUUUGUUGAAUAAAAGAGUCAAGUCAA